AUGACCUUCAAUGACCAAAUUCAGAUCUGCGGCAAGUCAUUCCGUCAAGCGUCAACCCUCUGCCGUCACAAGAUCAUUCACACGCAUUUAAAGCCACAUAAAUGUAAAGAAUGUGGUAAAUCGUUUAAUCGAUCAUCAACUUUGAACACUCAUAUGAGGAUACAUAAUGGCUUAAAACCAUACAUUUGUGAUGUUUGUGGAAAAGAAGAGAAACGCUUCAAGUGUCCUCUUUGUGAUAAGGCUUUCCACCAAACGUACAAUCUCGCUUUUCAUAUGCACACGCACGAGGAAAGAAAACCGUUUGAAUGUCCCGAGUGUGGACGGGGAUUUUGUCGAAAUUUCGAUCUAAAGAAGCAUUUGCGUAGAAUGCAUGCAAACAAUUUGAAGCGAUCA